AUGCCAUUGGCCAAGGUGCAGACCACGGGGGGGACGUACACGACAGACCACCGUGAGUCCAAGGUGCACCGCCACGGCGCUGAGACGGAGGAGCUCGGGAAGCUGCCGGCGGCGCCGAGACGAGUCUUGAUGGUCGAGGACGAUCACCCGUGGCUCAGGGAGCGAACUGGAACGGAGACACGAGCAUCAGGACAGGCGCGAGAUGUGAUUACGAAGGUUAGACUCACCGGCGGAAUCACUACGAGGAGCGACGCAUGUCUUGCAGAGGUCGGUUACCGACACAGGGCCCCGUUCGGCGAGAUACUGGCCUCGAUACGAAGAGAUCGAGAAGGAACGGGUAUGGCGUACUUAGUCGACCAAGUGCGGACCUACAAGGAUUCGAGUGUAAGCGAUCUCGAACGAGAAAUCGACGAGAGGAUAGGGAUUCCUGGAUGCGGCACAGGCGGGGCGUCGAGCGAGCAGGAUGAGCUCGGACGACGAGCGAGAGACUCACGGCGGGCGGGGGUUGCAUGCAGGAACCUAGCGGCAACGGGUAGUGCGCACGGCCGGGAUUUCGAUGGCGAGCUAGGCCGUGACGAGAAGAGGAUGGCGGCUGGUGAGGCUUCAGGCGCAGCCAUUGGCGCGUGCAGCGAGGAACAGAAGGGGGUCGGCGGGUUCUUGGCAGUGGCAAGACGAGUUUUCAAACCCGGAAACGACUGGCUGCGGCUAUACCAAGCUGCACAGGUGUCACAGGCGACCAGGCGGGUCGCAACAACAGCGUUAAAGGACAGACGUACCGGCAGAAGUUCAAUGACAAGCUGCCCACCUUCCUCGCAAGCCGAAGACUCCAUAUCAAUUCCAGGAGGCACACCAUGCAUGCAGACGAAGGCGACGCACGCAUCACACAUCUGGAAAGAUACCGCAAGGCGGGAUGGCGCGACGGCGGAAGAGCUUGAUGCAGACAACGCUCACCUAUGGGAUUUCCUCCACCGACUACGCGUGCCUGGGACGUUCACUUCCCUCGGCGAGAUCUGGCAUGCGUGUGCAGGAGCACGCGAUGAAGGCGUUCGAGCUCGGAGCCGUUGACGACGCGCCGCUUUCGGGUACGCAGCGGAGCGUUGGACGCGAGGGAGGCUGGGAGUGUGCUGGUCAGGCGAGGAUCCAACAAGGCACCAUGGUCGCGAUGGAUGAGGGCUUGCGCGAGGAUCGCAAGCGGCUGCAGGCAGAGUCGGUGGGGAGAGGACUCCGGCGAGAGAAGAUCGCUCAAGCGCCCGAACUGUGGUCAGCACAGCCUACUGGCGCCUCGCUGGUCGCUCAGGUCGAAGAUUCGGCGCGCGCAUUCUCACGGCUUGUGUGUCUCCUCAAUACUAGU